AUGGAAUGUAUCGAGGAGGCUAUUUUUAAAGCCGUCAGAUAUCGGAAAUUCAACUCUUUGAUCACAGAAACUUUCGAUCUGGCGUGUGUUCAGGCAAAAGAGGCAUUAAAGAAAGGGAAAACUCCUUUCCCUGUGGUUGUCAAAGAUUGCUAUAUGACAAGAAAAGUCCGAACAACAUGCGCGUCACGAAAUCUGGCAAAUUAUAUUGCACCAUACACUGCCACUAUUGUCAGUAGAUUAUUUGAAGAGGGUGGUUGCUUGAUUGGGAAAGCUAAUAUGGAUGAGUUUUGUAUGGGAACGUCAAGUUCGAAGAGUCAUUUUGGACCAGUAAAAAAUGGAUUAAGUGACGAAGCAAGUCUUGAAACUGAUUGGCGAAGUCCUGGUGGAUCUUCUGGCGGUUGUGGUGUAGCAGUACAACUGGGCAUUUCAUCAGUAAGUUUGGGGUCGGAUACUGGUGGUUCGUCACGGAACCCAGCAGCAUUCACUGGACUUUUUGGCUUCAAGCCUUCCUAUGGAAUCUUAUCAAGAUAUGGGCUCAUCCCCUUGGUUAAUUCACUUGAUUGCCCAUCAGUAAUUGCUAGGACUGCUAGGGAUUGCAACUUCUUACUUCAGGUAAUGAAUGGUCGAGAUGCAUUCGACCCGACCUGCAUUGAUGCUCCGUCAUCCUGUUUUAUGCAAGGAAGACCAGUUGGUGGAGUAAUUGUCGGCAUUCCCAAGGAGUAUUACAAUGAAACGUUAUCAAGUGAAUGCUGGAAAGGGUGGAAUGAAGCGGCAAAAACUCUGUCUGCGUUGGGUUGCAAGAUUAAAGAAGUGAGCAUGCCGUCUACAACUUACUCUAUAAUUUGUUAUCAUGUGCUUGCCGAAGCGGACAUCACAUCAAAUAUGGCAAGAUACGAUGGGGUCAAAUAUGGCCACAGGUCAAGCUGCGACAGAUCAACUUUCAUGCUAUAUUCCGCCACUCGAAGCGAAUCACUCAAUGAAGUUGUCCGUAGGAGAAUAUUCGCAGGGAAUUAUUUCUUGAUGAAAUGGUAUAGCUCCAACCAUUACGAUGUAUAUUUUGGGCAAGCUCUUCGUGUGAGGCGUCUGAUCAAAAUGGAUUUCGACCGCGUCUUUCGCAAGGAAGGAUGUGAUGUUCUGUUAACUCCGGUGACAUGCGGUAUACCGCCACUGUUUUCCGAAAUUAGCGACAUCGAUGGUUACAAACGAGAAUGUCAAGACGAUUUUUACACACAACCCUGUAAUAUGGCGGGUGUUCCAGCAAUUUCAGUACCAUUCACGAGAACGGCAGAUGGAUUUCCAAUUAGCGUGCAGAUUAUCGCUGAUCAUUUGAAAGAUGGUAUGGCAUUAGAUGUGGCGGAAAAACUUUAUGAAUACUCUGAUGUUCAAACUGUAAAACAACCAUUUUGUAGCUAA